AUUUAUUCCAUCCUUUUGUUCCCUUUCUCCACACACCACACUUCUUCUUCUUCUUCUUCUUCUUCUAGAACAAAAAUGGAGACCAAAACAAUUCAUUUCUUUCUUGCAUUGCUUGCUACAUUCAACAUUCUAGUUCCUGUUAUAUCAUCAACCACCACCUUUGAAGAUAACAAGAACUACUACAUUACUCCAACUCCAGAUCCAAGUAUAGGAACUCCUCCCUCAUCAGGGUCAUUAUCACCACAAACUCCAACUCCAUCAUCUGCAUCUCAUGGAUCUGGGCAUGGAUCAUCACCCUCUCAUGGAAGCCCAUCACAUGGAGGAAGCAGCAGCAACUGUGGCUCACCACCACCAUCACACUCAGGAGGUGGUGGUUACUACAACUCGCCGCCGUCGUCACCAACACCAACCACCCCAAUUGACCCUGGCACCCCCAGCAUCCCCUCACCACCUUUCCUUCCUACACCAUCUCCCUUCUCUGGUGGUACCUGCAACUUCUGGAGCAAUCAUCCAGGACUGAUUUUCGGAGUUCUUGGAUGGUGGGGAACCCUAGGAAAUGCAUUUGGUGUGACAAGUGUUCCAGGGAUGAGUUCUGGAAUCACAUUGCCACAAGCACUCUCCAACACAAGAAAAGAUGGAAUUGGAUCACUCCUUAGGGAAGGCACUGCUUCAUACCUCAAUUCCCUUGUCAACCACAAGUUUCCAUACACAACCUCCCAGGUCAGAGACCGAUUUGUCGCCUCAAUCACCUCCAACAAGGCGGCCGCCGCCCAGGCUCAGCUCUUCAAGAUGGCCAACGAAGGCCGAACAAAGCCUAAUUUCUAAAACAAUCACUGAGUUUCAGUAACCGAGUCUUAUCCCUCUAGAUAAAGUCGAACUCUGAAGAGUUGUUGGUCCUGGUCCUGUCUUUUGAAAUAGAUUAAAUUUGUUUAAUUGGGUAUGUCUGUUUAAUUAUUGAGUUAUUUAAGUACAUUUGAUGUUUUGAAUUUUGUGCUAGUUUGUUAUGUUAUUUAAUUAAGGCUAAGAGUACUAUUAUCUUUUGAGAUAUGGACAUCAUAUGUUUUUCAAUUUAAUGCAAGGUUUUUUUUAUGAUUA